AAAAGGUUUAUUUACAUCGUUUUUUUAUUUUCCAUGUUUUUAGCUAACUACAGUACCCAAAUUCCCUCCGAAUUUGCAUAUAUUGUAUUAAAUGUUUAGUUUUGAUUUUUGUUAGUUAUCUAGCUUACGACCCCGGUGCCAAAAUUGGAAACAAAAUAGUGGUUGCUAAGCAAUGAUUGCACAUUUACCAAGCACAAAAUAAUAAACAAUUUUGUCAAAAUACAAAAGCUUUGGUUAUCUAAUAGUAUAUGUAAUUAUAAAGAAAAUGGAAACAAUACCAAAUGAAUCCCAACCAAUUGACGAAGAAAGGCGAGGAACUGAUUUCAGCGAAACAAAUGAAGUGUUUUUAGCUGAGGAUGGAGCAGACGAAUUGGCACCAAAUUUGUCAGUGACUUCAUAUCGCAUGAAACCCUCGUUAAGAGAGCUUUUCCCAGCAUCUCAAAUUAAACAAAUUAUUCAGACAACUAUUUAUGACAAACUACAAGGGAAGGUGUACAACGCAGAUGAAGCGCGUAAGUGGACUCAAGAGAUCUCCGAUGCAGUUAGUUUGGCUGUGAAGGAAAAAGUUCAAAUGCCCCAUUUUAAGCACGUUGUGCAAGUAAGCUUGGGACAACAAUUGGGUGCCGGUUGCCGCUAUAUAGCAAAAUGUUGCUGGGACGCCGAAGCUGAUUCCUAUGCAUCCGACGUGUUUACCAAUGCCAGCAUCUUUUGUGUUUGCACUGUGUUUGGUGUAUAUUUAUAUUAGGCUCUUUUAAAAUAACUUAAAUUUAAACUUGAAUAUAUGAACACAUCUUUAAUAUCAGAUGUAAAUAGAUAUAGCAUAAAUGUUAAUUAUUUUUUUAAAUAAAC